UAUAUAUGUAAUUCGAGUGACCAAACAUGUAAUUUAACACAGGAUAACUAUCCCUGUCAAAUUCGCAUUGUUGAGACACACGCCACUCUAAUCAAUCGUCCGAUUCGGAACAAAACUAGGCUGAAAAUUGAACGUACUGAUACCCAGCGACGGCGAUGGUAGGUUCCAAAGCUGCGAUUGAGGUGGCGAAGACGGUCAUCGAGGUGGCCGACGUGGCGUGGACGGCCAUGGAGUUCGGCCACCACCACCAUCUCCACACCCACGAUCAAGAAGAGACCGGUACGCAGGCCAAAGCCGCGGAAUCUAUGUCGGUAGAUGAAGAAUUGGUAGCCCUGAGAUCCGAGAAUCGGCGGUUGAAGAGCUUGCUCGAGCACAAUCUCAAGCUCCUCCAGAAUUUGUCAGAAUCGCCUCCUUUGAUGAGUGAUUGCCCUCCUGAUCUCUAUGCUCGCCUGGCUGCCACUGUGGAUUCUGAAAAAUUCUUGAGCCAGCUUAAAUCCCUCCAAGAGGCAACCAGAAAUGGAGCUACUCCUGGAUUCCCAUUCAAGGAGGCUACAGGUGAUGACUUGCACACUGUGGAAGUUCUUAUUAAGGUUGACCAAGAAGAACCGAGUAGGUGGGUAUGGGUCACUGAAGAAAUGAUUCAUGGCAAUACUGAAGAACACAGUGGGAUAGAUAAUGAGUGCUAUGUGGUCAUCAAUGAGGAUCAGGUGGUUGAUGCAGUUGCUACCUUUAUGGCUAAGUGCAUAACUGCAAACCCAAAAUCUCAGAAACUUUCUCCCGAGGCUCUCCAGAAAGCUUGUGAAUUUGCAGCCAUUACAGAAGCAUUAGGCGGUGGUGGUGUUAGCAAAUUUGAGAGAGCAAUGGGUAUUUGGCAUGCGUGGCAGCUGUUUUAUGCUCUUUCGACCUGGGGAAUUGCAUUGGCAGGUUUGUACAAGACUCGGGCUGUGUGGAAAUAUGCUGCCGUGGGUGUUCACAAAACCAGCAAAGUUGUCCUCAGGGCUCUGUGAAUCAGAGGACCAGACUUCUUGUGUGAUGUAAAUAUAACGAAUUUGCAUGGGGAGCUUUAUGUCGCGAUUUCGAACUAUGUGAUUGUUCAAGCUCUUCUCAAUUGUAUAUAUGUUCUCUGUAAAUAUUAGUGGGAGAUGGUGUUCACAACAUUGUCAUAUUUCAGUUCCUUGUUUGAUUGGAUUGGACAACAGAUCAAAGUAACAUUUCCGGUUACAAACUUUGCUAUCACUAUCAAAAUUCAGCUUCAACAAGAGAUCAAAGGAAGCCCUCCAAAAAUAGAUGAGAAAUUUUGAAUGGUAGUUCUUGGAGCUACUUCCACGUCGAGCAUUCACAUGGCUGCUUCCAGCUCCAGUAAUGGAGAUUGGAACUGAGUUUCGUGGAAGCUCUAAGUGCGUUCUUAUUUCUGCUCCAGAAAAGCUGCAAGUCUUGGUGGGUGAAUCCGGAUGUCUACAUAUCUGCCUCUCCAGUUGAAGUUUCAGAUAGCUUGACAAAUUUGAGACUGAGCUUCUAACAAGAUUUUUAAGAUCUAUGAUUCGGAGGCCUUUCUCUUGCGAUCCGAUGCAGCAUCUAACUGAGCCUUACCAAAGACAGACC